AUGCCAUCACGCUUAAUCCCUCCUUUACUCCCACCCCAAAUUCCUCCUCCUCUCCCCUACCACCACCGCCGCUCUUCCAGCCUCAUCACUCCCAUCGCCGCUGCCACAACCGCCGCCUUCUCUUUCCUCCUCCUCUUUGUCAUCUGCUUCCGAAAAAUCACUCGUAAACGCACUGUCCCUACGGACUUCUCCAAACCCCCCACCGCUUCUCCUACACCACUCUCCGUCGCGCCACGAACAACUUCUCCCCUUCUCUUCGCUUAG